AUGACGGCACGGGUAUCCCUACCCGCGCCGGUAGCAGCAGCGCCAGGAAUACCGACGGACGCGGCAGGAGCGACAGAGGCGCCACCGGCCGCCAAGGUGGAAGCGCUCCCGCUCUCCCUCGCCAUAGCCGCAGUGGUGCUUGUUGUGGUGCUAUUCGUUAUUGCCACACUAGCAUAUCGCCACCCCGGCGCCUUUCGUUACACGUGGACCCAACUACUGGGUCAACCUUCAGAGUGCACGGUGUGUCUGUGUGACUUUAACGAGGGUGAGCUGCUUCGCUAUUUGCUGCCCUGCGAGCACCGGUUCCACGUCAGCUGCAUCGACCAUUGGCUCGCCAACAGGACCACGUGCCCCGUGUGCCGAAUAGACCUCAAGGCGACGUCAUUGGAUGUGUCUAUAGAAACGAGGUGGAGGGAAAGCAGAGCAGUCUGA